AUGUGCCGACUUUUGUUGCAGUGUCGCAGUACUUUGCUGGUUCUCGGCCAACAAACAGCCGUGAAAAGUGAGAAGGGACUUUUCAGCAAGCUCCUGGAAAAGUGUCAGUCCUUUGGUAAACAGGAAAAGAAUGUAUCCGAGGAAGAGGAAUCUAAGAGGUCAUAGGCAAUACCAGAAGUCAUCCCCUGCUGUACCAGAUCAUAUAAUGGCCAACAAAUUACCAUAUUGUUGCCGGGCGCCCAACAUGAAUCGGGUCCAUUUUACGGGCACAUCAUAAAACGGAACGUGCUCAGACAUUAUAAAGCCAUAAAGCAUCAACUAAAAUCUGGCAAAAAUAGCUACUGGAAGAACAGGCAAUGCCCAGACUUAGGCAAGUGAUAUAACAUCGUUUCCCUGCACCGUUUACGAUGCCAGAACCCUGGACUCCAACGAAGACUGAGAGUGAAGAGCGGCGAGAUUGACCAGGGAAAAAUAUUAAAAUUUUAAGCGAAAACAAUUGUUGAAAAGAAAAGAUUGCUUUGGAUGAA